GCAAGGCGCGCUCGGUCGUUCAGUCAUGAGAUGCUGCUGGAAGCGCAACAUGCGAACGCACAUCGCGAACUCUCAACAACUACAAUGAGAACUUUGGAAUGUAUUUUAAAAAGUCAAUCUUAACCAUUUACACUUUUUUAAAGAUAGCAUUGAAUUUCUUCUAUAAUCUGUGGCUGGAGAGAUGAUUUUAUCAUUAAAUAUGUAUCAACUGAAAUUGAGAUCUGUAGUUGGGAUCUUGUGGUACCUGUUGAUUCUGUGUGAUUGCUACAACCUGGAUGAGGAUCAUCCCUUAGUUUUUAAUGGACCCAAUGGAUCAUUAUUCGGAUACUCGGUUCUGCUUCACCAGCAUGCUGAGAACACAUGGCUGAUAGUUGGAGCGCCUGUGGCUGAUUCCAGCUUUUAUCCCAAUACCAAAAAACCUGGAGCCAUCUACAACUGCAGUUUGUGGAGCUCACAAUGUGAGCAACUCCCUGUUGGAGGUGUGCGGAAGUGUGGAAGACACUGUUUGGCAGAGAAUGAUAACCAGUGGUUGGGUGUGAGUCUGUCCCGGCAGCCCUCAGAAGGCCAUGUUUUGGCCUGUGGACAUCGGUGGAAGAAUGUCUUCUACUCGAGGAAAGACAGUCAGAACAAGCUGCCACAUGGUGUUUGCUUCAGGUUCAGCCCAGAUUUGAAACAAGCCAGUCAUAUUAUCCCCUGCUAUAAAGAUCAUCAGAGGAAGUUUGGCGAAGGCUAUGGAUCAUGCCAAGCUGGAAUUUCAAACCUUUUCACAGAGGAUCUGAUGAUCAUGGGAGCUCCUGGUACUUCAUACUGGACUGGAUCUGUUCUUGUCUAUAACACCACAAGCAACAUCUCAGCUGCUUAUGUGGAUGAUGACAGUGAAGUUCUCUACGGCAGUUAUUUAGGUUAUGCUGUUGGUGCUGGCAACUUCCUACAUCCACACAGCACUGAGAUAGUGGGAGGUGCUCCCCAACAUGAACAGACUGGUAAAGCCUACAUAUUCAGGAUUGAGGGCAACACUUUAAAAAUUGUGAACGAGACUAAAGGCAAGAAGUUGGGAUCUUAUUAUGGAGCAAGUGUUUGUGCUGUCGACCUGAACGCAGACGGACUGUCAGAUCUGCUGGUCGGGGCUCCUAUGUUCAGCUCACUGAGGGAGGAGGGACGCGUAUAUGUCUAUAUUAACCAAGGAGAGGCUAAAUUGAGAGAGGCAGAGUUUGAGUUAGUCGGCAGAGACUGCUGUGCAGCUCGAUUUGGAGAAACCAUUAUAAAUCUUGGUGACAUUGACGAUGAUGGCUAUCCAGAUGUGGCCAUAGGAGCCCCUCAGGAGGACGAUUUGCUUGGUGCUAUAUAUAUCUACAAUGGAAGAAGAAGUGGUAUAGCACAGAGUUUCUCUCAAAGAAUAACAGGCUCUGUGUUAGGCAACAGCUUCAAGAUGUUCGGCCAGUCAGUGUCUGGAGGAGUUGAUAUCGAUAGCAACAAUUACCCAGAUGUUGCUGUGGGAGCAUUCCUGUCAGAUUCGGCUGUGGUGUUCAGAACGCGUCCAGUAGUGAAGGUGGAUACUGUCGUGUUGUUGCCUGACAGUGUAAAUCGUUCUGUAGAGCUGUGCACUGAGAGCGGUCUGCCUGCUGUGUGCAUCAAUGUCAAGGUGUGCUUUAGAGUCGGAGGAAAACACAUCCCAGGAAACAUAGAGUUGAAGUACAACCUAACAGCCGAUGUUCACCACAAAGAGGCCUUCCCUUUUCGAUUUUAUUUCCAUGGAAAUGGUACAUCCAAUGUUACAGCGGGCAGAGUGAAGGCCAUACAUGAACAACUCACCUGUGCCACCCAUCAGGCCUUUAUGAAGAGAGAUGUUCGUGAUAUCUACACACCUAUCCAUUUUGAGGCGAAAUAUGAACUGGGAGAGCACAGCGUGAUACAGGAGGACUCAAAAGGUUUCCCUUCUCUCAAACCCAUCCUACAACAGAAGGACGAAAGGGACAAUGUCGUGAAGAACAAGACCAUGUUUGCCAGAUAUUGCACCUGGGAAAACUGCUCAACCAACCUUCAGGUUUCUGCUCAUCUGGUUUUACCACAGUCAUACAUGAACAUGCCUUAUUUUGCUCUGGGUAAUGGAAAAAGCAUCAUGUUAAACACCUCAUUGGUCAACACUGGAGAUGACGCUUUUCUUCCUAAACUUCACCUGAGGUUCCCCAGCAACCUACAGUUCAUCAAAGUGCUAGAAGAGGAUAAAUAUGUAAGCUGUGAAAUCGCAGAGGAAAAUAAAGUGGCCAUCGGUUUGGACUGCAACGUUGGAAAUUUAUAUAUCCCCUCUUUUUCUAAGGUCAACAUCACCUUUUUACUGGAUGUGAUGCAGAACAGCAGUGCGGGAGACCUUAAUAUCCACAUUAAUGCUACAAGUGAGAGCCAUGAAAACACAGAUCUUCGGCAUGACAACGUAGUCAUUCUGACAUUGCCCUUUAAGUAUGCAAUUGAUCUCAGUGUCCACGGGUUUGUCUCUCCGACUUCAUUUGUAAUUGGAGACCAGGAGUCGGUGCCGGUCGACUGUUAUUCCGAGAAGUUUAAUUAUACGUACAAGGUGAUGAAUAUGGGUCCAAGUAAAGCUCUUGAUGCCAAAGCUAAGAUUGCCUUGCCUCUGAUGCUAGUGCCAUACAAAUACCAAUUAAUAAGGAUUGCAGAUUUACAGACAACUCUUGGACAUUGCUUCCAGAGGAACAAUACAUUUCAGAUUAUUGAUGACUGUGAUGUCCCAAAAGCUUCCUUUAUUCAGGAACUCGUGUUCUUCUUCUCCCCCAAAAGCAAACGCACAAUGUUCUGUGCCCCUGAAGAUAAGACUUGUAAGAUUGUGGAGUGUCACUUUGGUGAUUUGGAGGUCGGAAAGGAAGUGAGCAUCACUAUGGAGGUCGAGCUGAACCCCAGCGUUCUCCAACUCAGUCCAGGCAGACACACUGUAAUGACAAUACAUGGCACAAUUGACCUUAUUUCACCAGUGAGGGAUGCCAACACUAUCUUUCUACAGGAUGACAAUUCUGCUAGAGUUUUCUUAGAGGCUGUCUACAACCAGAAGCCUGUGGCAUCUGUGGGCAUUUUUAUGAUUGUAUCCAGUCUGAUUCUUGGGCUGAUCAUUUUAGCACUGCUUAUCAUUCCCCUCUGGAAGCUUGGAUUCUUUGAGCGGAAGUUGAAGAAGGAGAAGUUACAACGGGACAGUUGGAACUAUGUACCCAAGAAUGAGAGCGUGUCCUAAUAUGGAAUUUACCACCAAACAGAACUGAAGGGACAAACCAUGAAGGACUGCUGUUUUGUUGAGACCAAGAGCUGGACUCAUGUUAACCUACAGCCAUUAACCUUAAUUCCAUUCAUAACAAAAAGAACUCUAACAGGCUUUAAGAAUACAAAGACUGUCACAAGAAUCACCAUUUUCUGUCAGCAGUAUGAAGCCAAUGCACUUUAGCUCUGUUGGUUAUAGAGUAUUGAACAUACAACAAGUACACACUGAAAUAUUAUUGGGCUGCAGCCCAAGAUAAGGGAAAAAAGGACUUCAGAAUAUACUGUUGCUACAGAUCAUUACGGCUCUGUUCCAAGACCUUGGGAGCUUUCUAGGUAGGCAGCAUUUUAAGGUAUCAUAGGCAUGCUCCUGCCGCUAAAAGACUGUUGACAACAAACGCGUCCUUGCGGGGAAAAAAGCUAGAAACAGCACCAUAAA